CAUCAGUGAUGGUAUAGUGUCAAAUUAAUUUUCAACUCCAUUCUUGCUUUUUACCUAGCUGUCUUGGAGAGGAGAUUCAUUUUAUUUUAUCCGAUGAGUCCGAAACAUGCUCGGUCGUUUUCGGUUCUCGGUUUAGUUGUGAUAGAGGUGAGGAAGUUUUAAACCUUGCAGAUGGAUGAAAUUAUUGAAUCUAAAAGUCAAAGCAACCCUUCUGGAUGCUCCGAAAAAUGUACAACACCCUAUGGCAUGGUCCGCAUCAAAAGAUUAUUCGCAGCACCACGUCAGCCUUCCGUUCCCGCCCUCGGUGAACCAUUACUGUUACCACGCGAAAAGCCGCCAUUUUAUCACGAAAGAGGGUCGUCAGUACCGGAAUGCUGUAACGACCGAGGUAUUACGCCUCGAAUUGGCCGUGCGGCACCGCGGGAAAAUCGGAAUGAAGUUGGUUGCACACCCCCCGGAUCGCAGGAGACGCGAUUUGGAUAACCUUCUGAAAGCACCCCUGGACGCCCUGCAACACUCCGGUAUCUACGAAGAUGACAACCAGAUCGACGAUUUGCAUAUUGUUCGCGGAGAGAAAGUCGAUGGUGGACGACUUGACGUGACGUUAACGUUUAUGGACGUGCGUUGACGAAAAAAGCUGUGGAAUAUCACCAAGGAUUUUGAAAAUUUUGUACGCUGAUUAUUGAGGAACACGGUGAUUCCAUGGACUUUCGUCGAAAAAACCGGAGAAGCUAGAAAAAGACAAAGAAGUAUGCAAAACUUGAAUAUUCAGGGAAAAGUCAGAUAGUUUAUCGUCGUGAGAAUAGAAAAUUACCUUGGGAAUUAUUAUUAAUAAAAAAUUAUAACAUUAGGAGAGUUGUGACUACAUGGGCUACAAAUUAUCAUCUAGAACUUGGAAUUUCUGCUCUAGAUAUCAAUAUUAUUUUAAUGUAUUUAGCUCUAUCUUGGCAUAAAAAUUGAAUGAACAUCGA